UCCCACUCAUCUCUGGACGGGCGCCCGAGACGCUGACUGGAGAUCUGCCCCGCAGUGCCAGAUCCCUGCGCGCCCCCUCGGCGGACCCUCGGCGCCCCCACUUGUCUUCGCGCAGUGCCCGGCGCUGUGGAGCGUGGGAGCCAGAGUGUCGCCGAGAUUUGAAGGGGGCACAGGAGACAAAAGGGCCUGGAGGCUUCAGGGACAACCCAACCGCGGGGCUCCGGCCCGGGAGCUGGAACAUGUGCGGGAGAGCUCAGUUUCCCUGACAAUCGUCAGACUAUGUUUUCACUUCUGAUUCUACUCAGCCAACUGCCACUAGCUACCUUCGCGUUUCCUCAUUGCGCAAGAACUCUGAAGGAUCCCAGGCAUGCUGGAGAGGAAGUCUUUAAGUCAAAAGAUGAAGCAAAUUUUUUCAUUCAUCGCCGCCUCCUAUACAACAGAUUUGAUCUGGAGCUCUUUACCCCAGGUGACCUAGAAAGAGAAUGCUAUGAGGAGCUCUGCAAUUAUGAGGAAGCCAGAGAGAUUUUCGUGGAUGAAGAUAAAACGAUGAAAUUUUGGCAGGAAUAUUCAAUUAAAGGACCAACCACAAAAUCAGAUGUUAACAGAGAGAAAAUUGAUGUUAUGGGUCUUCUGACUGGACUAAUUGCUGCUGGAGUAUUUUUGGUUAUUUUUGGAUUACUUGGUUACUAUCUUUGUAUCACCAAAUGUAAUAGGCAACCAGAUUUAUGUUCUUCAGCCAUAUAUGCAAGAAGCAGCUGCCACACUCCCUCCAUCAUUUUCAGAAGACCAGAAGAGGCUGUCUUGUCUCGAUCACCAUCUUUAGAGGACACAGGAUUGCCUUCUUAUGAACAGGCAGUGGCAUUGACCAGAAAACACAGUGUCUCGCCUCCACCACCAUAUCCCGUGCCAGAGAAAGGAUUUAGGGUAUUUAAAAAGUCUAUGUCGCUCCCAUCUCACUAAUAAGCCCACCCAUGUUUUAAAAUGGUUUGUUCUCCCUGAACCAAAGGACUUGUCUGUUGAGCUCUUCAUGACAGACUGUGAAGCACUUGAAUCGCAUCACAGACCCAUUUGCAUCUUGAAGCUGAACUUGAUCAGCUUGAUCAUGAUAGACUUUGAUUCCCUAUCUUUGCAUUUAAGAGAAAAACUACUUUUUUGUAAUGAGUUUUUUGGCUGGUUGGAUUUUGUUUUGUUCUGUUCUUGGUGCUAAGGCUCAAACCCAGGUCCUUGAGUGACUCUACUACAGAGCUACAUUCUCAGCCUCUAGAAUAUGUAUCUUAAUGGUUCAAAAGCCUUCAUGAGAGCCUGUGGUGGUGGUACAUGCUUGAAAUCUCAGCACCUAGGAGGCUGAGGCAGGAAAAUCAAGAGUUCAAACUCAGCCUAGGCUAUGUAGAGUUUUUUUUUGCUUUU